AUGAAGACCAACCUACCAUUGACCGGACUAAGAACCGCUCUGCUCCAUCAGAGAGCACCCGUACCGACUGUCAAUGGCAUAUCCAAACCUAUGAAACCGGGAGGCUAUGCGGAUGGUUCUGCCGAUAUAGCAUAUGCUUUACGCUCAGUGGGAGAAACAGUCAUCACACCAGUACCAUCUCCUGAUCCAUUGAAAGAUCUCGAUUGGUCAUUCCCUGAUACGGUUGUGGGUAUACGCGAAGCAGUUGACAAAGGGGCAAACGUCUUAUGGGCCAAUACAGGUCUACAUUCGCGUCAUGCCAUAGUGGAGAUACAAGAGGAAUUGAAAGAGAAGGGAGUACGGCUGUUGGGUCAGAACCCACUUUCGGUGGAGAAAUAUGAUGAUAAAGAAUGGGUGAACAGAUGGCUUGCGCAGCAGAAAGGGUUGGAAGAUUCUUUUCCCAAGAGUUUACUAUAUCAUAGAGGUGAUGUCGGCCAAGUAGAUGAGUUCCCACUACCAGCUAUGGCCAAGCCAAUCAGAGGAAGAGGAUCUCAUGGAGUUACAAGAGUUUCCACGCCCGAGCAACUAAAUAAGGCAUUGUAUGUAUUACUGAAGGAAUCAGAUGCGGUAUUGAUAGAAGAAUAUCUCGCAGGAGACGAGGUCACUAUAACCGUCAUGCCUCCAGGUAACUACACUAAGGGCUAUUGGGCACUACCUGUAGUGUAUCGUUUUGACCAAAUAGACGGUGUGAUGCCAUGGAACGGUACCGUACCUGUGACCGCGAAUUCUCGGGUCAUCACACCUGAAGAGGAUCAAGCCGAUCGUGCCUACUCUGACGCGCAAGCGAAAUGUGUAUUGGUCGCUCAGCUACUUGAAGCAGCCACUGCAAUCAGGAUCGACUGUCGCAGGAGGACUCAAGGUGGACCAUUCACUCUCUUUGACGUGAAUCUGAAACCUAACGCCGGUGGACCCGGGCGGCCAGGAAGAGAUAGUCAAGCGGCUCUGACAACCAUGUCUGCUCAGGCCAUUGGAUGGGACUGGCCGGAAUUCGCUGUUAACAUUCUACGGACCGCCAAACCUUUGGGAGAGGUAUUUUCUCGAGGUCAAUGA